AUGCCAAGACGAAGGGAGCUGCAGGCCGAGGACCUAGCCAGCGCGCUACGGCACCUCGACGAGGAGUUCGAGGCGGGCGAGAGGCUGGCCAAGGAGCAGACGUGGUGCGCGCCGGUGCCGCGCGAGAGGCAGGUGAGGACGGUGCGGAGGUUCUACCGGGCGUUCCACGACGCAGGCACGCUGCCGAUCGCGACCUGCACGCUAUGCUACCGGAAGCGGGCCAAGGGGGAGCUGAGGGAGACGGCGUGGGAGGGGUGGUCGCGGAGCAGUGUUGCGGGAGGCGGGCGGCCCCCGUUCGGGUGCCGAACCUGCUUCCCGGGGGGCAGGCCGGUGCCGGUCUGCGCAGAGUGCGCGCGAUGGGCCGGGCGCGAGGGGGCGUCGCCGGCCAUGCACCUCCACGGGCGGCUCGGCUGCGAGCACGCGUACCCCGACGAGCUGAAGGACCUUACGCCGCUCGAGGAGAAGCUCAUCUCGCUCAACUCGUGCUACGGCUUCGUGACGAAGUACAGCAUCCCCGGCGGCCAGAGGCAGAGCGUAAGGUACCCAAGGCACGUCAAGGGCCACAUUACCGUGUUCCCAAACGACGUGCAGGGCCUAGCCGCUAACGUGCUGCCACACCCGCUGCUGCGGGUCAUGGACGAGAUCCACGUCUCGUGGCAGGGCGCCGAGAGACCUGGGCCGCGGGACCUAUCGGGCCUGCUGUCGUUAAGGCGGUCGGCGGUGGAGAGGGCGCUGGCCUGGCUUAAAGAGAACAAUCCGCUCUACGGCGAGGUCGAGAUCGACACGGCGGAGAUGGCGAGCUGGGGGGCGCCGCCGCACGGGGUGCCGCCGGUGGUGUGCGAGCGGCUAGAGCGAAACGAGCCGUCGGCGCGGGAGAGGACGCGGACGGCGCAGGUAGUGCCACCGUCGGAGCGGGCCAUGGACGAAGGGGGAGCGACCGAGAUCGAGGAGAUCCUCGCGAUGCUAAGGGACGGCGCUAGGCCUGAAGAGGACGGGGGCGUAAUCAACGAGGUGACGUCUUCCGGCAUGUUCCCGUUGGACGGGGCGCCAGAUGUGGCAGACGCCGAGAAGAUUUGCUUCGCCCGCGACGCCGUCGGGCCCGAGGGAGCGCGCGCCGGCCCGAGGACGUGGGUAGGGACCGCGGCCCGAGGGGCGGCGGGCGAUGGCGGCGACGUCGAGCCGUACAUACAGGUGCGGCGCGGCGAUGAUUUCGCCGACUCGGCGGACGCCUCCUUCUUCGCAAAGGCCUUUCCGACCCUGUUCCCCUUUGGCUUGGGCGGGCCGAGGCUCGCCGACGAGGACGCCACAGGAGAGAGCGCGUGCCCUAGCGUCGGGAACCAGGGUACGCAGGCGGAGCGGGUCGCGGAGGGCCUUAUGUCGACGCGGAACAUGAAGCUCCAAGCAUGGGCCGACGUCGUGCUGCGGCGCCACGGCGGCCGGUUCGCGACGCACCCUAUCUUCGCCUUUCUUGUCUUUAACAUGGGCGUGCGAUCUAGGAACCGCCAGGCCAGCAUGCUAGGCGUAGCGAGGAAGAACUUCGCAAGGGUCGAGGGCCUGCUAAAGUCGUUAACGGCGCAGAGGCUCGAGGCGGCGAGGGUCGAGCUCGAGGCCACGGGCAAGACUAGCGACGACGGGGUAAAGGAGCUCAUCCGGUCCCUCUCCGUGUCGGCUACCGGCAGCCGAUGUCGAGGGAGAGCCGGCUUAUUACGGCUGGCGGCGCACCGCGCCCGCGACCCCGACGAGGCCGAGGCCUUCCUAAGAGACCUGGGGACCGCGUAUAAGCGGACGCGGCUGGCCAUAUCGGACCCGAUGAGCUCGGCCAUCUUCUUUCACCGGGAGAUGACGCUCUUCUUCGAGCACUACGUCAACGUCGGGGAGGAGUUGGUGUUCGGGCACGGCAACGCGGGCCUUGGCGAGGCGCUCGGCGGCUCCGAUACGGAGGAGCAGGCGGCGUACCGGGAGCGCAUCGUCCGCUACGUAGAUAGCGUCUUCUCCGAGGAGCUAGACGCAGAAGGUUACUGCGCCGUGCAGGCGGAGCGGUCGGCCACGGCGGACAUAUCGUCGCGGCUCGACGACGUCGCGCGCUUCACGGACACCUUCGACGAGGAGGCCAACUUCUGCGCCGGCGCGACGCAGAUCCACACGCAUAGCGCGACCUGCGUAAAAUACUCGCUCGGCGCGAGGGCGCGGAAGGGGGACCUCUGCCGGUUCAAGGCGCCGUGGAGGCUGGUGGAGAGGACGGCGCUGACGGCGGACGGGGUGCUCGAGAUCCGGCGGACGCAUAGCAUGGUGAACCGGUGGAACCGGGCGAUGGCAGUAGGACUACGGCACAACCACGACAUCUCGUUCAUCGCGACGCAGCGCAAGACCAUGGCCCUAAUCUACUACAUUACCAACUAUGCGACGAAGGUAGAGGACCCGUGUGGAAGCGUGUGGCCGCCGCGGCCGAGUUCCUCCCGCGCUAGAGCCGACGGGAGAGGGCAACGGAAGUGGCGCCGACCGCGACGCCGGCCGAGGGGCGGGGCCGAAGGGGUGGCGACGGCGGCGGACCCCAGGGGGAACAAGACGAGAACGUUCCUGCUCAAGGCGGCGAACCGAGUAUUUACGGAGCGGCCGCUGUCGCAGGUCGAGGUGAUCGCGCACCUCCUAGGGUACCCGGCAGAAUUUAGCAGCGGCUCGGCGUGGGCGUACGUGAACGCGAACCAGCUCUACUGGGCCGUCUUCCGCCGGUGGCGGCACCUCCGACGGGCGAGCGGCGCGGAGGCGACGGGCGACGCGCCGGACGAGACGGCGCUUAGGCGGCCGGGUAGCGGGGCGACCGUAUGCCUCGACGGAUACCUCAGCAAGGAGUUUAGCGAGGGAGACGACGAGUCGUGCCACCGAAGGGCGGCGGUACAGCACCUGGCCCUAUUCGUGCCGUGGGAGUCCUUCCUCGGCGAGGAGGCAGGCGACAUCGACGACAUCUGGGCGCGGGCGCGGGAGUCGCUGGCGCCGAGGGUCGCGCGGCUCGCAGACAACGUGCAGCUCCUCCGGCGGUCGGCGGAGGACGCGAAGCGCGACGCCAAGCAGUGGGCCGCCACGGCCGAGGAGGGCGGUAUGACGGCGCCGCAUGCCGGCGACGAAGGCAGGGGGGCGGCCGAGGGGGGCGAGGAGGCGUACCGCGCCGGCGGGGCGGGCGACGCGGCGCGGCUCAUCGACGUCGUCCGGAAUGCCGCCGGCGCGGGACAAGUCACGGCGCAGUCAACAGAGCUGCUAGCGAUGACGCAGCAGCUCUGCCGGUUCCAGCAGUCGGCGCUGGGGUCGGCGGCCGAGCUCGCGGCGACGGUAGUGGCGGAGGAGAGGGCAGGCAGGCGGGUGAACCUACCGGGCUCGGAGCUCUCGGGGGCGGCGCUGCCACGGCAAGAAGAGGUGCGGGCCAUCAAGUCGCAGCAGAGGAGCGCGGCGCGGGAGCGGGAGCGAGCCAUCCAGGGCAUCCAGGGCGGCGGGGCGGCGGCGGGCGUCGGGGCCGACCGCGGCGCGGCUCUUCGCGGGGUGAUGGGGGGCUUCGGCGAGGACGACAUGGACGUAACGGCGGCCGACGGCGACGUAGACGCUGGCACGGCGGCGGGGAUGCGCGUGCGGCUCGGCCCGUCGAGCUCGUUCGUCGCCGCCGGCAGGGAGCUGGCGGGGCAGCUAACGCUCAACGAGAAGCAGGCCAUCGCUCUCCUAAUCGUAUGCCGGCAGCUCGACCGAAUCCGGCAGGGCGACGACGCAGGCGGCGAUGGCGGCGGCCAGCUCUGCCUGUUCAUCGGCGGCGAGGGCGGCACCGGCAAGUCGCGCGUCAUCGAGGCGCUCGUCGAGCUGCUCGCCCGGAGGGACCUAUCGAGCCGGCUGCUGGUGACGGCGACGUCGGGGACGGCGGCAGCACGGAUCAACGGCAUCACACUACACUCGGCCUGCGGCCUUACGGUCGGCCAGGGCGGCCGGGCGGGAGGGGCGACGAGGGACGUAGACGGCGUACGGCUGCCGGGCCAGGGCGAGCGCUUCGUCGACGGCCGGUCGCGGAUGGACUGGCAGGAGAAGGAGGUGCUGGUGAUCGACGAGGUCAGCAUGCUCGGGGCGCGGACGCUGCACGCCGCCAACGAGCAGCUGUGCAGGCUGCGGGGGUCGGCGCGAGACUUCGGCGGCAUCCCGGUGGUGAUCUUCUGCGGCGACUUCCACCAGUUCCGGCCGGUGCAGGAGCGGUCGAUCCUGCUGCCGAGCGCGGCGGUGGCGUGGGACGAGGACGGGGCGUUCGCGGCCGAGCAGCGGCGGCAGCACGACAAGGCGCACGCGCUGUGGCGGCGGUUCACGACGGUCGUCAUGCUGGACGAGCAGAUGCGGGCCGCCGGCGACCCGGAGCUGCGGCGGCUGCUCGGGCGCAUCCGCCGGGGGGAGCAGGACCGGUCGGACCUAGAGCUGCUCAACUCGAGGUGCCACCGGCCGGGCAGGCGGAUCCCGUGGGAGACGGGCCUGACGGUGGUCACGCCUCUCAACCGCAACCGCUGGAACCUCAACCUAGAGGCGGCGCUCGCGUUCCGGGCGCGGCGGCGGACGGCGGCGCGCAUAUUCCUGUCCGAGCACAAGUGGAGGGAGGGCCUGCCGACGGAGGAGGAGGCGGUGUUAAUGCUGCGCCAGGGCGACGACAGCGCGACGCCGGUGCCGGCCGUCUUCGUUUUCGUGCCGGGCAUGCCGGUCGUCGUGAACCAGAACACGCACCAGGGGCUGAAGCUAGUGAACGGGGCCGGCUACACGGCGGUAGACGUCAUCCCCGACCGGGCCUUCCCCGGCCACCGGGUCUCGGCCGAGCUGACGAUGCACUUCGGGCCGCCGGCGGGCAUCGUGCUGGCUUCGGAGACGACGAGGGACUUCCACUUCGUCGGGAUGCCGGCCGGGACGAUCCUGCUGACGCCCAUCGGCGUCAAGAUCACGGCGCAGCGGAAGCGGCCGUGGCAGCGCAACGACGUCAGCCGGAGGGGCCUGCCGUGCGCGGCGGCCUUCGCCUGCACCGACUACAAGGUGCAGGGCGGGACGCUGGAGCGUGUGGCGCUGGAGCUGCGGGGGGCGAGGAUGACGACGGUCGGGGGCGGUGCCGUCGCCGUGCGACCCGUACAGCCUGUGCGGGAGCGGGAUCUAGUCGGGAACCGGGUGCCCGAGGAGAUGACGGCAGCGCAGGCCCGGCUAGAGGAGCUUAGCAGGCAGACGACGCAGGAGGCGGCCGACUGGCUCCGCGGGUAA